ACCUGACGACUGUUAAAGUCAUAUGACAGACAGCGAAAGGGUAACGCAAAGCGCAACCUUGUGUACAGGUCCACAAAACCUUGUGUACAGGUCCAUGCCCAUCAGGCUGUGUGAAAUGUUUCCUCUGCGUGUCUUCUUCUGUCUUCUGUCCGCGUCUGUGUAUGUCGCGAGCGGCUUGUAUGAUCCAGAUGAGGUGCUGGAUCUGCCGGGCAUGUCCUUCAAACCCAAUUACCGCCAGUGGUCAGGAUAUCUGAAGGCCAGUUCUGGCAAGUUCUUGCAUUACUGGUUUGUGACGUCUCAGAGGAACCCGCUCAAGGAUCCAGUCGUGCUGUGGCUGAACGGAGGGCCAGGCUGCAGCUCUUUGGAUGGGUUUCUAUCAGAGAAUGGCCCCUUUCAUGUCAAUGAUAAUGGAGCUACACUUUAUGAGAACGAAUUCAGCUGGAAUAAAAUCGCCAAUGUUCUUUAUCUUGAGUCGCCUGCUGGAGUGGGUUAUUCCUAUUCAGAUGACCAAAAAUAUCAAACAGAUGAUGAUGAGGUGGCAAAUAACAACUACCUGGCAUUGCAAAGUUUUUUCAUCAAGUUUCCAAAUUUCACCCAGAAUGAGUUUUUCAUUUUUGGUGAGAGUUAUGGAGGCAUCUACGCACCGACACUCAGUCUGAGAGUUGCCACUGGAGGUCAGCUUAAAGUGAACUUCAAGGGCUUUGCUGUGGGAAAUGGCAUUAGUAGCUUUGCACUAAAUGACCAAUCACUAGUCUACUUUGGCAACUAUCAUGGCCUGUUUGGAGAACCGCUGUGGAAGGAUCUGAAUGACAACUGCUGUCAAAAUGGAGUCUGUAAUUUCUACAACAAUUCUAAAGAGUCCUGCUCUGUUAUGGUGUCGCAUGCAUUUAAUAUAGUCUAUAACUCUGGGUUGAAUACAUACGCGCUGUAUCUUGACUGUGCUGGUGGCGUCACAUCUCAGAGAGCCAUGAUGCAUCUUUUCAGAAACUUCAGGAAGCAUUGGGAAGCUAAUAAGUUAGAAGGAAGUACUCCAAAUGUUCAGGCAGUGCCUCCAUGCAUCAACAGUACUGCUCAGAUGAACUGGCUUAACCGAGGAGAUGUGAGGAAGGCGCUGCACAUUCCUGAUGUACUACCACCAUGGGACAUCUGCAGCGAUGUUGUGGGAAGACAAUAUCACACCAUUUACGAAACUGUGAAGGAUGUCUAUGAGAAGCUGCUGGCUCUGGGUCUGAGAGCUUUGGUCUAUAAUGGAGAUACCGAUAUGGCUUGUAACUUCCUUGGGGAUCAGUGGUUUGUCGAGCAGCUUGGACAGAAGGCGAGCACACAGUACCAACCCUGGAUUUUUGAUAAACAGAUUGCUGGAUUCUACCAGCAAUUUGGCAACAUCACUUUCCUCACAGUCAAGGGUGCAGGUCACAUGGUUCCUCAGUGGGCUCCUGGUCCAUCUCUCCAGAUGCUACAGAGUUUCCUGUCCAAUAAGCCUUAUUGAACUUCCUCCAGACCAUGCCCUCUCUUAAAUCGACAAAUCUAAAUUGUUUAGAAGUGGUCUGGAAUGGAUUUUAAGAAAGUGGGACUUUAAGGAAACUGUUGUGAACAUGAAGUUGCACAUUAAUUUUCUCAGGGACUUUUGUGUGUUUGCAUGUUUGGGAAUUUUGAUAUGCUUUUUGUGUCAAUAGUUGGAAUCUUUUUAAAUCAAUUUUUCCUUGAACACUAUGGGUUGUUUUCAUAGUCAUGUUGAUUAUAACAAAAUCACAUAAUCCCAGUUAUAGAUGCACUGUUAAAAACAGUAUUAGUGGAUAUCACAUGGUUUUGAAAUGCUUAUGUCCUUAAAUCAUGGGUCACUGUUGGGGGUUCUGUUAAUUGAAUGAGAGGUGAGAUGCUCUUUAAGUACUGAGGACAAUUAUUUAUAUUCUUCAUUUUCUUCCUACCUUUGAUACACUGCAACAAAGUUAUAGAAUUCUUAAUUAUCUUAAUCUGUGGUUAUGAAUGGUUUACAAUCCUAUCUGAUUGUCAAAUCCUCUAAUAAAGAUUAUAUGGAUGAGCAUGUAACACUCCAUUUGUUUAAAGAUAGUCCUUCAGGUACGUGGAAAUUCAACCCAAGAAAACUAGAAUUUUAAAAUUAUUCAGAUGGAAAAAGUAUAAAACAAGAAAUAAAAGGCUGUUUUUAAGAGUAA